AUGGAUAUUGUGAAGGGAUUGGUACAAGAAAGGUCAGUGGUAAUUUUCAGUAAGACCAACUGUCCUGUAAGCCACACUAUGAUACAGCUCAUUAGUGGCUUUGGUGCUAACCCUACUGUAUAUGAACUUGAUCAAUUGCCAAAUGGACGAGAUAUCGAGAAAGUUCUGCACACAAUGGGUUGCCAACCAAGUGUACCAUCCAUCUUCAUUGGUGGAAAUUUAGUUGGAGGGCCCAAUGACGUGCUCAGCCUUCAGGUGCAAGGCAGACUUGCACAGAUGCUGAUGGAUGCAGGAGCUAUUUGGCUCUGGAACGGGAACUACUACUGUCAAACUGAGAGUAAGUGUAACAAUGUUCCGGAUACAGGCGUGAAGUUAGGAUUUUCUUUGAUAUCUAUCAUGUUUCCCAUCAUCUAA